AUGACUUUUAAAGACCUCCUAAAAGUCAUUUCAAAACGGGAUUCCUAUUUGCUCCUCUUUGCAGCUGUUUGCUCUUGUCUACAGGGGCUGUGCAAAGUGAUCGAUUUGUAUUUGAUAGCGGAAGUAGCGGGAGUAUAUGUGGAAGCUCAGAAAAUUAAAAAUGACGAGAAUCUAUCCAAACUCCAAAAGGAGGCAGCUGCUGCUCAAUUCUCUGAUGAAAUCUACGCAUUCUCACUCAACUUUCUAUCAAUAGCAUUUGUCUGGUUUUGCCUUCAUUAUAUUGCGCAAUGCAUAUUUUUUGCCGUUUCGGAGCGAAUUCACUACAAUCUGCGGGCCAGUUAUUUUCGGGCCCUCCUAUUCCGCGAUAUUACUUGGUACGACAGAAAUAAUGCGGGUGAAACAUCGAGCAAACUGCUUAGCUCUACAAACCUGCUCAAAGCUUUUAUGGAAGAGCAUGCAUGGAAGCUAUUUUUCCAUGCGGCCGUCAUUUUGUCCACAUUUCUGAUUUCAAUCUACACAAACUGGAAACUUGCGUUGUUAUAUCAAUGUCUAUACCCAUUUAUUACGGUAGCCGCGCAUUACUUUAAUAAGAAAGUCGCCGCAAAAAGUACUUAUUUAUUGUCGCAAUAUGCAAAAGCUGGCGCCGUUGCCAAAGAGGCACUCACCCAAAUUCGUACCGUAAUCGGUUUCAAUGGCCAAAAAUAUGAGGUGGAACGGUAUAAAAAUGCGCUGGAUGAGGCGACAAAGCAGGAAUUGUGGAGUACAUUCUACCAAAGCAUCGGUCAAAAUUGCCUGCAUUCGGCAAUGAACGUCGUCUAUUUCGUUGUCUAUUGGUAUGGCACGGAUUUUGUGUAUUACGACUGGGCUACGGUGGAUGAAGUGUUGAAGGUGUUCAACUGCGUGAACGCGUUCUCUUUCGCCAUCUCCCAUUUUAUGAACACGCAGCAAAAGGGUACGGUGGCACUGGACGGGUGCCAGCAGAUACUAGAGGAGGUUAUUACGGCUUCCAAGGCAGAGAAAAGUGAGGUCGCUGAACGCCCUGAACUUCACGGAAAAAUCUGCUUUGACGACGUCCAUUUCUCUUAUCCUAGCCGGCCGGAAGUGCCGAUUCUGAAGGGUCUGACCUUCACUUGUGAACCAGGUGAAAAAGUAGCCUUUGUCGGCACCACCGGAGCUGGUAAAUCGACUAUUUUCAGCCUCAUCAUGAAAUUUUAUGAUCCGGCUUUCGGAAAGAUAGCUUUUGAUAAUACAAACGCGGCAAAAGUUGACACUCAAUAUUUACGCUCUGAAAUCGGAGUGGUAUCGCAGGAACCUGUACUUUUCGAUGCAACGAUACGAGAGAAUCUACUGUAUUCAAAGCCAGCCGCAUCUAAGGCUGAACUGCUCGAAGUCCUCGACCAGGCAAAUGCGCUGAAUUUCGUAAAAGAACUGCCGGAUGGGAUUGAUACGAGGGUUGGGGCACGCGGAGCUCAACUUUCUGGGGGACAGAAGCAGAGGAUAGCCAUCGCUAGGAUGUUACUACGAAAUCCUAAAAUCCUGCUCCUCGAUGAAGCGACCAGCGCUUUGGAUACAAAAAAUGAGCGCGCGAUUCAGGAAGCGCUCGAUAAGGCCUGCUUCGGGCGUACAACCCUCAUUAUCGCCCAUCGCCUGUCGACCAUCAAAAAUGCCGACAAAAUUGUGGUAAUCAAGGAUGGAAAAGUGGCAGAAACCGGAAGCCACCAAAAUUUGCUCCAAGCCAAGGGCGCUUACUUUGAACUGGUGAAUUCUCAGGUUUUCGAGGAUCCGGAAAAGAAGGAAGAAUCUGAAAAUGAUAAAAAUGACAACAAGGAUUUCCAGCGCCUACUAUCGGUGCAAAAAGAAAAAUCACCAAAACCGAAGCGGAAAAGAGAACUUCUACAGAAGGCUGGAUCCCUCAAGAAAUACUACGAAAUGCUUGGAACGGAUAAAAAAUACUUUUUCUUUGCUAUAUUCAUGGCAGUUACUGAGGGCAUCGUUCCACCACUUUAUGGAAUUAUUUUAAUGCAAAGAGCUGUAGCCUUCGCCACCAACGACAAAGAAGAAUUGCUACGAAAUGGACAUGCUGCUGCGUGGAAUUGGGUGUACCUUGGAAUCUUUGAGUUCUUCCGAGUUGUGCCAAGGUUUAUCUCCAUCGUACUCUCGUCUUGCCGUUUGGCACAGAAAAUUCGAGUCCAAAUCUUCAAAAAUGUGCUCCAUCAGAAUGGCGAUUUUCACGAUGCAGCUGAAAAUUCAAGCGGGAAGAUUGUUUCGUAUUUGGCGUCUGAUGUGGCGGCUAUUAAGGAUCUCUUUGGCGAAUACCUUGGCACCCUCACGAAAGCUGUCAGCUCGUUCAGCAUCGGCUUUGCGAUAGCUUUCUAUCUGGAGUGGAGAUCGGCUUCGAUUAUGCUUUUCGUCGUCCCAUUCGGCCUUUUCCAUAGUGUCUUCAUCGAGAAACUCAUGGAGACCUUUUACCGUGAGGAGGCAAAGUCGAACACGAAUAGUAGUGAUUUACUCUCGGAAUCGAUCGAAAAUAUUCGCACGGUACAAGCAUUGACGCUACAAACUCCGUUGCUCCAAAAAUACUCGGAUUGUCUGGAGAUCCGGCGCCGUAAUGGGAAGCAGAAGGGGAAAUAUUUGGCUCUGGGCAGUGGUGUCGCCUGCUCCCUGCAAGUCACCAUGAACUUUUUCAAGCAAUUUUUCGCAGCCGUUUUUACAUCAAAAUACGAAAGCUUUGAGCCGAUGCAAGCCCUAAGAGUCCAAUCCUCCCUCACGAAUUGUGUAAACAGCGGCAAUGAGUCGAUAAAAUUUUUGAGUAUUUGGACAAAGGCGAAAAUUUCGGCUGAGAUUUUGGAUCGAUUUAUGGAUAUCGAGAAUACCGAAAACUUGCUGGUCGAAACCCAAGAAACAGAUUAUUCCGAAAUUUCCUUUGUUAACGUCUCAUUUGCAUAUCCAGAACAUCCAGAUGACCUAGUGCUUAAAGAUUUUAACGCCGUCAUCAAAUCCGGCCAAAAAAUAGGGCUCGUCGGCCAGUCGGGUAGCGGUAAAAGUACCAUUGUAGCGCUUUUACAACGAAUUUACGAGCUGAAAAACGGGAAAAUCAAAAUCGGUGGCAAGGAAAUUUCCGGAAUUUGCAAGCGAAAAUUGCGUUCGGAAAUCGCGGUGGUUUCACAGGAACCGACGUUGUUUGACGAUACAAUAUGGAACAACAUUUGCUACGGUUUGGAGCCCGAGCUUGCCCAUGAAGCCGAUCUUCACGAAGCCGCACAAAUCGCUGGGGUUCAUGAUUUUAUCCAAAAACUGCCUGUUGGUUAUCAAACCCGCGUCGGAUCGCUGGGAUCUCAAUUAUCUGGAGGUCAAAAACAACGCAUUGCUAUCGCCAGGGCUCUGAUUCGGAAACCAAAAAUCUUGAUUUUCGAUGAAGCCACCAGUGCUUUGGAUUCAGAAACCGAGAAGUCAGUCCAAAAAGCCAUCGAUUUGGCGGCGUUCGGCACGACUUGUAUUACGAUAGCCCAUCGAUUGUCUACGAUUCGGAAUUGCGAUCAAAUUUACGUGUUAGAAAAGGGACGAUUGGUCGAACAAGGUAAACACGAUACCUUGAUGCGGUUACAGGGUUACUACGCUAGAAUGGCCCAACAAAGCAAUCAA